CACACACACACAUACAUACAUACACAGGGCUCAUUUCUUCCUCCACUCACUCAGACUCUGAGGGAUUGUAAAGUUGCAGAGACAAACAGAGAGAGCCGGACUCAGUCCAUUCCCUCGUUCACUUUCUGUCUAUAUCUGCUGGAUGCUGUCUGUGUCUCUCUCUCUCUCUCUCUCUCUCUCUCUCUCUCUCUCUCUCUCUCUCUCUCUCUAUCCUGGACGCUGUCUCGAUCUCUCGGAUUAGGACGUGGAAUAUGAACCCUGGACUCUGAGACCCUGUGUGAGUACACCCUCUGAGCUGAUGGGUUUUCUUCUUCAUGUCCUGCUGUAGAACCCAAACUCAGCACGAAGUGCGUGUGUGUUGAGUUCUGAUGGAUUUGCGUGUUGGUGAGCGUGUGAUGCGCCCAGGUUCAGACACACUGCUGUCACCGCUGCUGCUCAGUCCAUUUAACCCUCAACACUGUGCCCAGUACAACCAACACGUCCGGUUGAACAUGCAGCAGCAUCUGCAAGAUCAGGAACAGACAAAACAGCAGCUACAGAUGAUACGGCACAAAGACAAGCGUCAGCAGAGUGCCGUGGCCAGUUCAGUGGUGAAGAAGAAGUUGGCUGAAGUGAUUCGGAAUAAGCAAAAACAGGCAGCGCUAGAAAGGACGAGCUCAAACCCGCUCACUAACACACCUGUUGCCUACAGAGAGUUGGCGCCAGAUCCCAACGUUCCUCUGCAGCCGCUGUUCUCAUCUCCUCCACAAACACUCAGUGAUGGAGCAGAAGAUCCUCCACUACGGAGAGCAACCUCUGAGCCAAACCUGAAGAUGAAGCUGAAGAAACAUCUACACACUCGGAAGAGUCCACUAACACGCAAGCAAAGCGCCCCACCCACCAUCAAACCUCACAGACCUGACCCACACGACUCGUCUCCCAGCAGCAGUAGUACUCCUGUAUCAGGCUGCAGUUCUCCUAACGACACGCUGCCCAGUGAGAACGGAGUGCUGCCCCCUACUGCCAGCCUAACACAUGAGGCUCAGAGGGUGUUAUUCGCUGAUGGAUCUGUAGCUCAUUUCUCUGUACCGACUCCUUCCAACCUCCCCACCAUCACACUGGGACUUCCAGCUCAUGCCAAGAUGGUGAUGAUGAAGAUGAUGAUGAUGGUGCAGAUGCAGGCGGAGGGGGAACUGGGUUCUCUGAAACUGGGUCGGGUUCCUCUGGUAUCAUCGGGAUCUUCACUUCUGGUUCCUCUGGGUGUUGAGAAGCAGAACCUGGUGCAGCCCGUCAUUAUCCUGGAGCCGUCUGGCCUCGUCCACACUCCAAUGCUCACCGUUCCAGGUCUGGCUCCAGUUCCUUUGCAUGUCGGCGCUGCUCACAAGCCACUGAGCCGCACACGGUCUGAGCCGCUGCCCCCCAGUCCCCACGCCAUACACACACACCUGCUGCAACAGCAACACAACACACAGCUGCUGGAGAGACUGAAACAACAAACACACCUUGGCAAGCUCAUGUCGAAGUCGAGUGAGAAGCCACGUCUCUGUCAGAUCCCCUCUGAGGACAUGGACUCGGAGGAAGUGGGGACGUCAUCCAGCAACGUCGGUAAGAGCAGGGCAGAGUCACAGAGGGAGGCGGAGACUCAGGAUGAGCAGCUCAGCCUUCAGCAGACCCUCAUUCUCAACCAGUCACGUCUUUGGGAGACGCAGAAACAGCUGCAGCAGCUGCGCAGACACACAGCCCAAAUGGCAUUACCCAUGAUGUUCAGCAGCGGUCACCGGCCACUCUCACGCACACAGUCAUCACCAGCCUCCACCUCACACACACUGCCUGACAAAACACUGCCCAUCACCACGGCAACCGAAUCCAACCUCAGCCAAUCACACUUUACCACAGGUCUGGUGUAUGAUUCUCAGAUGUUAAAGCACCAGUGUACAUGUGGAGAUAACAGCUCUCACCCUGAGCAUGCUGGGAGAAUUCAGAGCAUCUGGUCUCGUCUGCAGGAGCGUGGACUCAGAGCGCAGUGUGAGAGUAUCCGUGGCCGUAAGGCAACUCUGGAGGAGUUACAGUCAGUUCAUACGGAGCGUCAUGUUCUCCUGUACGGCACAAACCCACUGAACCGCCUCAAACUGGACAACCGCAAUCUCACCGGCAUUUUGUCUCAGAGGAUGUUCGUCAUGCUGCCAUGUGGAGGAGUGGGGGUGGACAAUGACACCAUCUGGAAUGAGAUGCACACCUCCACAGCAUCACGCACGGCUGCAGGCAGUGUUACAGAACUCGCUUUCAGAGUGGCCAAGAAGGAACUGAAGAAUGGUUUCGCUGUCGUCAGACCACCAGGCCACCACGCUGACCCGUCAAACCCGAUGGGUUUUUGUUAUUUUAACUCGGUGGCCAUUGCUGCUAAACAGCUGCAGCAGAAGUCGAACGUUAAUAAAAUCCUCAUUGUUGACUGGGAUGUUCACCAUGGAAACGGCACUCAGGAGAUUUUCUACUCCGACCCCAGUGUGUUGUACAUCUCGCUGCAUCGCUAUGACGACGGUAACUUCUUCCCUGGCAGUGGAGGACCAGCGGAGGUGGGCUCUGGUGCAGGUGAAGGCUUUAACGUGAAUGUGGCGUUUACUGGCGGUCUCGAUCCUCCGAUGGGUGACGCCGAAUAUCUCGCGGCAUUCAGGACGGUGGUGAUUCCCAUCGCUCAGGAUUUCUCCCCAGACUUGGUGCUCGUCUCUGCAGGGUUUGAUGCUGCAGAGGGACAUCCUGCUCCACUGGGAGGAUACAGAGUCACCGCCAAGUGUUUUGGGUUCCUGACCCAGCAGUUGAUGAAGUUAGCAGGAGGGCGUGUGGUUUUGGCCCUGGAGGGGGGUCACGACCUCACAGCCAUCUGUGAUGCGUCAGAGUCCUGUGUUAGUGCGCUGCUGGGGCUGGAGGAUCCUUUACCAGAUGAAGUGCUGAAUCAGAAACCCAACGCUAAUGCGGUGCAGUCACUACAGAAAGUUCUGCACAUACAGAGUGAGUACUGGCCGUGUGUCAGGGAGAUGUUGUUGUCAGUGAGCUUGUCGUAUGCCGGUGCUCAGAAGGGAGACAGUGAGGAAACUGCUGCAGUGAAAGCUCUCGCCUCGCUCUCAGUCGGAGUCCUGAACAAUACCAAGAGAGUCGCUGAUGAACCAAUGGAGGACCAGGACUCAAUGUAAACCCGCUUAUUUUGUUUCGGAAUAACUGUCCAAUCACGGUGCAGUUCCACGUCACAUGACUGCGAGGGAGCGCAAACUCUCUCGCUGCCUUAUGACCAGCGGUGCCUUCGAUGGGAGGGGCUGUGGUGAUGUCACUUCCUCUUUACCCCUAUGCUACUUCUCCUGUGUGAGUUCAGCGGUGCGGCUAAUCUAACGGCCCCCGCUGGACUCUGUGGAUUCCAGAACUUUCCCUACAUCCACUUCUGUCAGGUGAAGGACGAGUCUUAACGAGUCUCAGAUUAUUUGAACUUUUUUUUUUUUUUAAGUUCCGUGUUCCUCCAUCACGUUUCGAGGAACGUUUCUGCUGGAGACGCAGGAUUUAAGGAGAAAACACAAAAAUUCCUCCCUAAAUACAAAAGACUCUUUUUUUUUUUUUUUACUGUUUAUCAUUGAACUGUUACGGUGUGGACAGAUUUUCCCGUCCUGAUGAUGUCACUUCCAACAUUAACCACUAAAGAAGAUAAAGAAGGAGCUCGUGUUUAUUCCUCGCUCUCAUUUUUUUGCACUGUGCAUUCCAUAAUGUGAACCGUGACAUUUAUCUCCAAACUCUGGGAAAAUUUAUGUACAGUUAUGUUUAUUACCAUGAACACAAGUUCACACACACACACACACACACACACACACACACACACACAGCAAGUGUACAGCGAGAGCACUGUAAUGACCAAUCACUGAUCAGACAAACAGGAAGUAGCGUCUCGUCCCUCUACACACUGUUAGAACGUCAUGUUAAAACCACACACGUGUGUUUACACUCCGCACGCCUGCUUUUACAGGAAGUAGAGAAACAGGAAGUGGAAGUGACUUUAUGUGAUAGGAGUCUGUGUCAUUUCCUGUUUCACAUGAAGCCUCACGAACGAUAUUUAUAAGUUCUCACACAGCGUCAGUUCUCUCUGGUUUUUUCUUUUCACUCCAGUGCAGAACCUGAACUGUGGUACUGUGUAUAAAUUUGGCGUACACCCUUUUACUGCGGACGUUAAAAAAGCUGGACAGGCCACGCCCACAAGGUUAAUAUUAGUGCUGGUGACAUCAGAGACUCGUAAGAAUAAGAAUAAUGGUGGUUAGAAAGCAGUGUUGACGCGAGUGUGAAUAUUGUGGUGGUAAUGCGUGUGGUUCCUGUCCGUCCGGCCGACACGUUAAACUGUUAAACAGUAAAUAAGAUCAGCUUUGUUUACACAGAGCAACAAAAAAUGUACAGCUGUGCUCGUUACGUCACAUCAUCUGAAAGAAAUGAGCGAAAAUAAAGACCACAAUAUAUGAACGCUGUAACCAGAUAUCCAGUACUCAAACCCGGCUCUAUGAAGCCUCCAGUGAACAGUGAGGUGUGUAAAUGUGCUGAAUCUGCCUUUAAUCACCUUAAUCUGUUGAAAUGUGUACGGUGUGAAUUAGCGGGAAACUAGCAGUGGUGUAACGUGUCUUUAGCGCUGCGCUGUGAGACGGGUAGUGUUUGAGGGAAAGGACGUUUUAGAUGAAACAGACCAAAAGAUUUGUGUAUUUUAUUCCGAUGAUAAAAAAAAAACUGAAACCACUAACAAUCUUAUGGAUUUAAUGUUCUUCACUCCAGGAGGAAUCACACACUUCCUCCAGGGUUUGGUGAACCUGUCCGUUAGGGUUGUGUGUGUGUGUGUGUUUAAAUGCGACCUGAUUGAUCAGCUGAUAACAAAAAGCACUUGAAGUCAUGUAAAGAUUCCUGUGAUGUUGGGUUCAGAGUAAAACAUGCACCUCCUCUUCAUGCUCCUCACACGUGUUAUUGCCUCAUAACAAACCACUGUGUUCAGCUGUGUGUGUGUGUGUGUGUGUGUGUGUGUGGUGUGACGACUCUGGGUGUGUAUUAGUCCAGGAGAACCUACACGUCAUUUCAGUUUAACACGUGUCUCCGAGUGAGCUUCAUCAUGUUACGUUUUACAUUCUUCAUUUAUGAAAAGUUGUUUUGACUUUGAGGACCAGUCACAGUUUAAUCUGGAGUUUAAUCUGGAGUUUAAUCUGGAGUUUAAUCUGGAGUUUAAUCCGGAGUUUCAGUGUCACAGCUAAACGGCUCGUUUACUAAAGAAACUAGGAUUUUUAAUAACCUGUGUUGAGUUUGAGUUGUGAAAGAAGUGAACUUUUACAUUCCUGUGCAGUAGGGGGCGGUGUGUGUGUGUGUGUGUGUGUGUGUGUGUGUGUUUAUUGGGUUUUACCUCCUGAGGAGUGUGUAAGUGUGUAUUCUCACUUCCUGCUCUGGAUACCACAGGGAGGAAACCGACAGCCGUGUUUUCUGCUUUACGACACGUGUAAGGACUAAAGACGAGCCACUAACGUCUUCAUUCUCUAUCAUUUUUUUCAUAUCUUGCCAUUUUUCAUUCUAAAGCCUUAAUGUAAAUAUCACUGCAAGACCAAAACUCAUUUCCGCGUGCCUUUAUCUAUCACUAACAGAUGAUGAUUUUAUUCAUUUCCUCCUCCUUUUUAAUGCCUGUGUAUAGAAAAGAAUCUCUAUUUUGUAUUUUCUAUCUCUUCCAAAUAAAAUAAAACAUUUUGUUUUACUGA